CAUGUAACAUCAUAAACAGAGCAUUAUUUCAUAACCUUUUUGCAUUUUCUUUAACGACAUCGUGUACAAUUUUUCAUACAGGAAAAAUUUCAAGAAGCUCCUAGGAUUGGAUUAAAUCAGAGGAAAGUCACCCCGGUUAUAUAAUCAGUUUUACAGACUUCUUCUGGUUCUGGAUAUGGCUGCGAUCCGUCACCUCUCCAUUUUCCUGGGGUUCCUUGUAUGCACCAGUGAAUCCCUCUUCCGGUCGGGCAGGCCUCGGGCACGGGAGUCGUGUAACACAGAACGCACAGAAAUGGAUAUUACGCGCACAAUGAGUGUCACUUACAAUGGAGAACAAAAAACAGUGGAAUGCGUGGCUAGGGUGCGAGUCAACGAGUGUGAAGGUGUCUGCUUAUCAACGGCAUCUCCGAAUUUUAACUCAUAUCCAGAUUUUAAUAAGGACUGCAAGUGCUGCCGGGAAGGAAGUCUGGUAACGAGACAGAUUACUCUGCAAGAGUGCUAUGAUAAUGGCGUCGUAUUAGCUGGUGUUCAACCGACGACAACCAUUGCAGAGCCGACGAAUUGUGCCUGCUUUCCAUGUACAAAUUAAAAAAAAAAAACAUUGUCUGAUUUUGCAAGAGAUCGGAUUCUAGAAUAUGUAAGAGAAUAAAUGACAGUUAUAUCAGUUUUGUUUUGAAUAAUUACAAUUUUUAUCAUGCAAAGAGAGGAACAUACGGAUAUUGAGAGAGAGAGAAAGCGUCUAGUAUACUGAGCGAAAUUCAGAGAGAGAGAGAGAGAGAUUGAGAUUUUAUUUUACUAAGCUGAAAUCAUACAGUUUGUUGAAGAUAAACACUUGCAUGUAUGAUUAUAUUAAACACAUUGUUUUACAUCGUUGUUACGUGCAAGAUUAAUCUAUUAAUAUUUCAAAUUUUAUUUGUUGAUGUAAAUCAUGAAUGUGCUUCUUUAAAUUAGACUGAAAACUGCAUUUGCUGUGUAUAAUAAAAACGUGAAUUACAUGUA